AUGAAAAGCCGAUAUCCGGCCUUUGAUUGGAUUUCUGCUGUACUAACCACAAUUUCUGAGGAGUUACCUGAUGUACCACUGUUUUUGAGCUUGCACAACUUGUGUGCAACAUUGAAAUGCACUUCCCCAUCUGCAGUUAUAUUCCGUUCAGCCGUGAUUAAUGCCGGGUAUCGUAUUUCGGGUAGCCAUGUAAACCCGCUGGGUAUGAAAACAGAUGCGCCUAUGAAUGUCAUAUGGGAUAUCAUGCGUUGCUGGGUCAAAAGUCAUCCGGUGAAACCUCAACCAGAAGAUCAGGCUGGAAGUGUGAUUUUAGCCAAGGAACCAAUUCUGCAGGCAAAUUUUAUGCGGGCCGUGGCUUCGCUUAGCAAGGCUCAGGCGAAAAAGGUUGCGAGAUUCCUUCCCAAUCCCGAAAGAUAUUGGGGGCCCAAAGUAAGGGCAGGCCGCCAGAUCACGAGCAAACACGUUUCUCUUUUGGGCCCUGAGGCCAUUAAUGGAAUUCACAAACACGAAGAAGGUGAAGAAGAGCAACCGGCCAAACAUAAGAAGACGAACGAAGAAUCAUCUCCGAAUCUACGAUAA